AUGGCAACUGCAGAGGAAAUUGGACCGGGCGGCGUGGGCAAAUCCGGCAAGCCCAUCUUCUUAGCGGUAGACCACACCAAGUGCGCCCCCAGCACGGAGCGUGAGCUCUCUGACCAGGAGCUCCUCGCAUGGAAGUCCUUCCAGCUCUGGCGCUCCACGCUCUCGGUGGAGCGCCGCGACAACGUCUACCAGUCCCUCACCAACUCGGACUACACUAACUUCCGCCUAGCACACCAUAUUAUGGGUACCCCCUUCCCCGUCGUGGAAACCACGCCGGGGUUCUUUGACGUAGUAAAGUCGGUGCGGUGGUACGAACACGCCACUUCUCUUGCAGUGGCGUUCGCGUACAGCUACUGGGUUCGCUCCAAGGCGGCCACGCGGAAUGCGCGCAUGAUGCCCAUGUCACGCUCUUCCAUCACGUUAUUGACCUUUUUUUCCAUGGACCUGUGCUUCUGCUACCGAAGCAUGUAUCGCCUCACUGGGUACCUCCCAAACGACUACGAGUGCCGCAAGUAUGGAGUCAUGGAGGACAAGGAACGGUUGGAGCGAAAGAAGCAGUUGUGGGAAAAGUAUGCCAAAUACAAGAAGGAAUGGUGUCGUCGCUUUGAUUAUCAUGUCUACGGCAUCCGCCCGGGUGAGAAUUGGAGCUUAUUUUCGGCCUGUAUGAUUCCUGCGUGGGAGCCAAGCUUUAACACUUGCACGGACUACCCGCCGCGCAAGAAUCCCUACUUCCUCACCGCCACGCCACUGCGAGACAUGUUUGCCGAGUCUCCGUUCACGUACGAGAUACCAAAGGAUGAGAAUGUGCCACUCGUAAAGGAGCGCCCAGAGUUCAAGUACUUGUACCGCGGUCCGGAAAGAGCGGGGCUUGUGAAUGAAAAACGUUAG